AUGACAAUGGCAAUGUACACACGUAGUGAAAUAUUAGCUGAACAACAUUUAGAUGGUAAAGAUGAUCGAUAUAUGACAAUAAUUCGUUUAAAGAGUGGUUUUCAUUUGGAUGAUGAUUGUAUUGCAGCUCUACAUGCAUCAUUGAAAGAAACAAGAUGUCAAUUAGCACGAGAUGUACGAUAUUUAAAAGUUAUGAAACCAACAUCUGUAGAACGUGCAUCAACAAAAAAUAUUGAUCAAAAUCAGGAUGAACGUACGAUCGAACAAAAGGAGGACGAUUCAACAGGUGCAAAUGAUACAUGA